AUGCCCAGUGCAGUGGCACAACAUAAAGCAAGUAAAAAAAUGAAACCAAAGACUUUGUCGGCCUAUGUAAACUUUGUAAGUGAUACUAGUGCUCCCUCCAUAGAUGGAGUGGAAUUGUCAGUCAAUCUUUACAAUAAACUUUUCCCUGAUUACACAGUCUCCAAGGAAGAGGAAGAAGAGGCCAUUGAAUUGUCCAGGUAUGUGCUUGUACGAUUUUUAGGAGCCCCAGACUAUUUCAAGAACUUUAAGUUGUAUAGAGUGACCGCUGUGAAUUCACAAGCUACGGACAACCUCUCGGUGACGUUUAUAAAUCACACAAACUUGGCCAAGUUCAACGACCAAAUUACAUUAUCCAAGUGCAUUGUCCAAUCUUUAGACUCGAAGAAUAUCCCGAAACUUGAAAGGGUCUUUGUUUCCGUUCCUGAGUCGGUAUACCUGAUCUUGGAGCUGAAGCCUUCCAGUGAUGUCAGAGAUUUAUUCUUGAAAAAGUUCUUGGUGCACACGGGAGGUGUAGUUAGUAGUGGUGAUAUCGUUCGAGACAUAAAUGGUCAAGUCCAGCUCUGUGAACCUGUCUCCCAGGGAAGAAUUGACAGUGGAGUUACCAACAUUGUGUUGAUCAAGACCGCCUACACUGAAGAAGACCAAGAUGGAGUGGUCGAUGGCGCUGCUGGCACUGUAAAUGGAAAUAUCAGUAAGCUUGAGGCAGAAGAUCUGGAUGAAGGAGAUGAGGAAGAAGGAGAUGAAGAUAUCGACUUCUCAUCUUUCCUUAACAGACCUGCCACAUACACUCCCAAGGAGUCGAUUCAACUUCAGGCGAAGCCUUUGCCAGAAAAGCUCACAAUUGAGGGCCAAUCUCCUUCACUUUUGGCAAAGGAAGACCUGGACUUGUUUGUGUUUAUCAAUUCGGCAGAUCUCCUCAAGUUGGGCUUUCCAGUGUUUAAUGGGGACUCUGUCAAAUUGACAACCAAGUCUUCAUCCAGGGAGAUUUCAGUUGUCGUUAAGAUAUUAACCGUAAUAGAGCCAAACAGAACUUUUCACCAAGGGUCAAUAUACCUUUCUCCAAUUUUGCUUUUGAACUUGGAAAUUAACAGUUUGGAAAGUUCAUCCAUUGUAUUAUCUCCAUUAAAAGAUCAUCAGCUGUUACUUUCAAGCUUGCUUCCGACCGCUAAGUCCAUAACUAUAGCUAGAGUUGCUUCACCAAUCACUAUGGAUAAGACGUAUCAGCAAAGUUUCUUCGCCGAACUUAAAUCUACUUUCCAUAAGCUGUUCAAAUGCGUGAGAAAAGGUGAUCUUAUUCCUGUUUGUAUAGAUUCGGUGCUAUCGAAGACCAUGUUUGACGCAGGAGAUAAUGAAUCUACUGGCUUUGUAAUCCCAACAGGUGAUCCGGAUGCAGUAGCCUGGUUCAAAAUAGUUACCAUUGGCAGUGACAAUGGAGAAAACGAUCUUUUAUCCGAUCAAUAUGUAAUCGAUCCACUUAAGACCCGUAUGAUUUCAUCCGGUAUUGAAUCAAUCCGUCUCCCAGAAAACGGAUAUUCCCAAUGGGUAAAAUUUUUACAACUCCCAUCACCAUUUCCUUUUACAAAAGUCUCAAAAAAUGACCCAUCUGUCUUCCAGUAUGCAACAGAAUUAAGGAAGAUUGUUACUACUUGUCUUAAUUCUCGCAAUGCUAAACUUAAAACUUCCAUCUUAUUGAACUCAAUGUCUAGAGGUUUGGGUAAGACUUCUGUUGUGAGAGAUUUAUCGCUUAGUCUCGGAUUGAACCUUAUUGAAUUGGAUUGCUUUGAUAUCAUAAAUCCUGGUGCGGAGUUGAAGACAAUUGGUUUAUUGAAGGGUAAAAUUGAUAAAUUAAUCGAGAAUACCGAAGCAAACAAGGGGAGCUUUUACGUCAUUUAUUUGAAACAUAUUGAAAAUCUUUGUGUUAAAUCAAAUGAAAAUGAACAAGGAUCAAAUGUUACAACUUCUUUGUCGAUGAAGGUUGUACAGUUACUCCAAGAAUACUUGAACAAUAACUCUAACUUAAUAUUAAUUUCUAGCUGCAAUGAUGUGGACAAGUUGAAUGAAGGUUUGAGACUGAUGAUUAAAUUUCAAAUUGACUUUGGGGUGCCAUCUGAAAAGGAGAGAUUGGAGAUUUUCAGGUAUCUAAUUGAUACAGAAGUUACAGGUAGAGUAGUGGAGGAUAAUUCUGAGGAAUUCGAUGAAGAAGAUUUGGGUGAAGAAUUUCAAGAUGAUAUUGAUGAUGAUUUUUCAUUAUCCUCUUUAUCAUUUAGCAAGAGAGGUGACGUGACUUAUAAGGCCCUUGCUCUUCAGUCCGCAGGUCUUACACCAAGGGACCUCAUAUCUAUUCUCAAAAAUGCUAAAAGGUUGGUUAUUGCUCGCAUGAAGGAUGUAGCAGCAACUUUAAAUAUAUCCGUGAGACUGACUGUUGUCAUAGGAAAUGGUGGGUUACUUCAAUUAACCCCUGAAGAUUUUAAUAAAUCAAUAAACGAAGCAAGAAAUCAAUUCAGUGACUCUAUUGGUGCUCCUAGGAUCCCUAACGUCAAAUGGGAAGAUAUUGGAGGUUUGGACUUGGUUAAGGAUGAAAUUUUAGAUACUAUCGAUAUGCCAUUAAAGCAUCCAGAAUUGUUUAAUAAUGGUUUAAAGAAAAGGUCGGGUAUUUUAUUCUAUGGUCCACCGGGUACUGGUAAGACAUUGUUGGCUAAAGCAAUUGCUACCAACUUCUCGUUGAAUUUCUUCUCUGUGAAAGGACCUGAAUUAUUGAAUAUGUACAUCGGAGAAUCCGAAGCUAACGUGAGAAGAGUUUUUCAGAGAGCAAGGGACGCUAAACCAUGUGUCAUCUUCUUCGAUGAAUUGGAUUCUGUUGCACCCAAGAGAGGUAACCAAGGUGACUCGGGCGGUGUUAUGGAUAGAAUUGUAUCUCAAUUGCUAGCAGAACUCGAUGGUAUGAGUGGCGGGGGCGAAGGAAGUGGAGAUGGUGUGUUUGUAGUUGGGGCUACAAAUAGACCCGAUUUACUAGAUGAGGCUUUACUUAGACCGGGAAGAUUCGACAAGAUGCUUUACUUAGGUAUAUCGGAUACAAACGAAAAGCAAGCCAAGAUUUUGGAAGCCCUUACCAGAAAGUUUCAAUUAGCUGAUGAUGUGGACUUGAAUAAAAUUGCAGAAAAUUGUUCUUUCACUUUCACUGGUGCCGAUUUUUAUGCCCUCUGUUCUGAUUCCAUGCUUAAUGCUAUGACUAGAACUGCCAAUGAUGUUGAUCAAAAGAUAAAGAAAUUAAAUGCACAGCUUGCAGAAGAAGGGAAACCUCAAAUAUCCUCGCGUUGGUGGUUUGACAAUGAGGCUUCUGAAGAUGAUAUCAAUGUUUUAGUCACCAUGGAAGACUUUGAGAAGGCACAACUGGAAUUAAAUCCGUCGGUCAGUGCGGAAGAAUUGGAGCAUUACUUGAGAGUAAGGCAGAACUUCGAGGGAGGAAAGGAAAAGGCAAAGCAUCUGAACCAACAAGAAACCCAAGCUAAUGGAAAUGGCCACAUCGAAAAUGGAACAAUGCAUGACUUUAUAAAUAAAGUGCAAGAGCUUGUCGGAGAGCCAGUAGAUGGAAUUAGCGAUGCGAACGGUAAACCAAUUGCAGUUGAAAAUGGACUCAGCGAUCCAGAGGUUCACCAGUAA